UGGGUCGCUAUGCGCUACGGUUCCAAAGGUUCCGCUUACAACAUUCCACCUGCUGCAUGCGCAGCCAAUAGACCGGAACGCGUCCUGGUGAGUUGGACUGCAGGAAGAACAUGUCGCUACGGAAACGUAAAAACAAAAGGCCGUCGUCUAAGUCUGCAUCAGAAGACCUGACAAGAAUAAUCGAACAUGUAGAGUUUCAGUCGGACAAUGAGGAGAGGGGGAGAGAGAGGGGGAGGGGGAAAAAAGAGGGGAGGCCGCGGGAGACAGAUCCCGGGACAAGAGGCACUCCGGUGAGUGAGGGUGAGCGCGAAAGCCCGGUAAAACAGAACGGUCCUACUCAGAAGACAUCCAAAGAAGUUCACAUCGUCUUCCUCCCCGACAGAUACCAAACUCUCAUAGAGGAGGUGGAGGACAGCGAGGGAAGAGAGGAGGAGGAUAGGAAGAAGGAGGAGGAGGAGAAGAGGAAGAAGGAGAAACACAAGAAAUACAGAAAGAACGUGAGGAAGGCUCUGCGGUUCGGCUGGCGAUGUCUGGUUGCCGGGUUACAGAGCUUAGCGAGCGGCUAUGCUACGCCCCUUUCGGCUGCAGCCACGUUGGUGAUCGACGUCCACAGAACUAACCGCCAGGCAUAAUGAGAAGGAGGAGGACUAAUAUCUGGGACUACAGAACACACACAGUCUCAACUGCAUUUUAUGUAAUUAUUUCAGACUCCUUAACCGUUACCUAAUACAGUAUGUGAUUCUAGUGGUUAAACCAGGUUGUUAGUUACACUACCGGUCAAAAGUUUUAGAACACCUACUCAUUCAAGUUUUAUUUUUAUUUUUACUAUUUACUACAUUGU